UCUGCCGAUCGCGCGAAAGCUGCUGUCAUGGAGAUUUCCACUCCCGAUGAAUGCAUAUGCGGGAUCCUACGGCGCAUGCUCCUGGCGGGAUUCCUCGGCUCGGCAACACGUCACGAUGACGUGUUGCUGAGCCGGCCGUGGUCGCGUCAAGUUACCCGUUGUGUCUCCGCUCGGCAGCUCGUCACGGCGCGGCGCCAGCUGUCCUCCCUUCGCCGCUCCGUUUAAAUUCGCUCCCGAGAAAUCCGCUCGCGCGACGAAAGUAAAAUUUCGGUUCUAGACUCAGAAAAAUGUCUUCUUUCGAACGAAACGAAGAAAAAAAUCGUUUCAUAGUCCCUUUAACACAAUCUGUUUCUGGUGGCGAAAACAGAGUCCCAAGCAGCACAAUCUACUGAAAGUGGAGUGCAAUAUGGGUGGUGGAGGGGUAGAUGGAAGGCCUUGAACAGACUCUUGAAACUAAAGAACAUUGAUAAGACACACACCGUCCACCGCUAUUGCACUCGACUUCCAGUACAUUGUGCUGCUGUCGUCGUGCAACUUGCAUGUUUUCGCGUUUCGUGGGAUGAGGUCAGGGUAGUGUGCGCCUCGUACAUGAAGUUUUCCUUCUUUUCUCCUUCGCGCAUUAUCGCGCGUUAUCGAUAGGAACCAAUCGCAGCGUACGCGAGCCAAGCGUUUAUUCGUCGAUUCCAGUUAGUGUGAUAAUCACGGUGCUCCAAAGACCAUGUAAGUGUCUUCUUUUUCUCUCUACUGCUUGAGCUGGACGACGUCGAUUCAGUUUACAGAAUGUCACCCGUAAAGUACAUGAGUGGAUUUUCCGACGCGAUGGAUUGGCGUCCCAUUGAAUUUAUUGACCUGCCUUCGGUCCGGUCGAGUUCUUUAUGUCACGUGGUACCAAGAGAGACCUUCAUCCUGGAAUGUUCACAUGCACUCUGCAACCAGUGUUACCAAACAGUUCUGCAAGGCAGGCGGCUGUGUCCUGUGGACGGCGGACCAGUUCAAGAAGAGGAAGUGCAGGCACUUGCUUUCAAACCAGGUCAUCUUAAGAAACCGAAAAUGCACUGCUGCAACUCCGGUCACGGAUGCGAAUUUGUUGGCAUUUUAGACGAAGUGACGACUCAUUUCUUGGAGGAUUGUGCUUUCCAUGUUGCGACGUGCAACACAUGCGAUGCUGCCAUCUUACGCAAUGACAUCGUCCAUCAUUACACUGAACAGCGAUGUCAUGUUGGAAGUUCAUCAUCGAACGAUGGAAACCAAGCCAGCGCCAAAGGGAACGUUGUUGACACUGAAAGCAAGGUGAACGUUGCAUUGGAUUCUGCCAUGGAAAGACUAUGCGCCAUUGAGACGCAGCUCAACUUCCACAUCGUUAGCAUCGACGAUGCAAAGCAACGCAUAUCUGCGAAUGGGAAGGCGUUAAGCAGACUUCUGAACCUGCAGGAACAAACGUACAGUGUCAUGAGAGAGAAUAUCGAGGAAUUAACGAAAUGUCUAAACACCGGAAAACGUCUGCUGUCAGGUGCUAUUUCGGCGGCGUCUGCAGUGUGCGUUAGUGAUCGGUCCUCAACGGCGGAACCCGAUAAUGAUUCUGACAACGCCCAAGAUGGUGAUGCUGGUGCUGUGCAAGAUCCACAUGGUCAAAUUGGAUCUGGGGCUAGCAAUGACGUGGACAAGAUCGAUGGGGUCUUAAAAGUUGUUUUUGAUGCGUGCAAGCGAUUUUCUUCUGUUGAAGGAAUGUUGGAUGUGCUGAAGUCAUAUUUAAACGCUUGCAAAAAUGUUGCCUAUUAUCAUAUUCAGGACUUUAGCGAUAUUCAGAAAAAAUCGGAAAACGAGCAAAUAAGUCUGUGCUCUGAAACUUUCGUCUUGUAUGGCUACUCCUUUAGACUGUUCGUGGAGAUCGAUCGAUGUGAUGGAGACUUGUGCUUGGGAAUUUAUCUAGCUAUUUGUCGGAGUUCGAGGGACUCUUGCUUAAAAUGGCCCUUUACAUUGCCUUACAUCCUCAUGCUUGUACACCCAACCGAUGAUACAAAGAACAUUGAGUGUGAUAUUAAUGUCUUAGAAUACAUAGAUAGCGAUAGUGAGUAUUUCAUUAAGCCAGUAGAAGAAAACAGCAGUGGCUUUGGCGCAGCUGUACUUUGCAAACUACAAGAUGUAGCGAAGGAAGGUUUUGUACACAACAACUCUAUCAGUGUUGGCGUAAAAAUUCCUUAACCUCCUCGUUAAGGGAAUGCUCUCUUUUAUGUCAUGAACAAAACCCCUCACAUGUUUGAGAGAACGCUUCGAUCGCUUAGUUUCAUUGUACCUUUCUGAUCGCACUGUUCUGACCACACCAACUGUUCCAGAAUGGCAUAAGAAGUAAAUAUUUGUCUAGCUGAUGCAUAGCUAGGGUCUAAGUGACGUGAAGGGACAGACAUGUAGGAGACACACAAACGCCUUCUAAGGCUUGAAGGCUGGCACGCCCUGUUUUGUUGGCCUCAAUAAAAAUAGUA